AUGGAUCAACGCUCAGUUGAGUCUGAAAAGGCUCAAAAUGAGGCAGACUCCAAUAAUUUGGAUAUGUUCUCUUACCCCCACUCAUCAUCCCCUUACCCCCACUCAUCAUCCCCACACCACAGGCCAGGCCAUAUCGGAGUCCCUCAUCAUCACGAGUCCCACCACCACGGGGAGUCCCACCACCACGGGGAGUCCCACCACCACGGUGAGUUCCGCCAUCAUGGCAUAUCCCAUCAUCAUGGUGGAUCUCCCCACCCUCGUGAGUUCCAAGACUUCCGUGACAAGGCCUUCCCACACCAUUCCCGCCAAUCCUACCACCACGGAUUUAUCCUGGUGGGUCCCGCCAUCACGGUGGGUCCCACCACCUUGGUGGAUCCUCCCACCAUGGUGAAUCCUACCACCAUGGUGGGCCCCACCUCCAUGGAGAAUUUUACCACCAUGGUGGGCCCCACUUCCAAGGUGAAUCCUACCUUCAUGGUGGGUCCCGCCACCAUGGUGGAUCCUACCAUCAUGCACAAUGAAGAGCCCUAUCACUAUGAUGUGUUCCACCACUAUGGCGUAUCUCACCAACAUAGGGGGCCCCACUAUCAUGGAGGGCCACACCAUCUUGGUGAGAAUUCAUCCCACUCUUCCUAUGGUGGGUCCUACCACAACAGUGACUCCUACCAACAUGGUGGGUCCUACCAUCACAGCGAGGUAUCCUAUCUUGGAGGGCUCCUUCAUGGCAGUUCCAAUUAUCAGGAAGGCCACCACCAUGGCAGGCCCCAUCAUCAUGGCUCCCAUCACCACAGAAGGCCUCUUCAUCAUGAAGAGACCUUGUCCAAACAUUCCUCCAUGUCGUCCUACCACCAUGGCAGACCUCGCCACCACAGAGACCACCGUGAUGGCGAGCGCCACCCCAGUGAGUACCACCAGGGUGAGCACCCCCACCACAGAGACCACCAUGAUGGCGAGCACCCCCACCACAGAGACCACCAUGAUGGCGAGCACCCCCACCACAGAGACCACCAUGAUGGCGAGCACCCCCACCACAGAGACCACCAUGAUGGCGAGCACCCCCACCACAGAGACCACCAUGAUGGCGAGCACCCCCACCAUGGCAAGCAGCAGCAGCAUAGAGAGCGCCACCGGAGUGUGUAUGAUCACCGCCACAGAGAGCACCAUCGGAGAUCCUCCCAACUCUCGGUCCCAUACAGAUCCCACAGCAUGGCUCAUGCCCUUUCUCAGACAGCAGCCUUCCAACCGAGUGUGGUACGGGACAGGGACUCAGCCCACAGUGGGACUCAGUCCCACAUUGCACUUUCUGCAUAUGGCUCCAAAAUCUCUAGCAAAACCCAUCCCAAGGAUACUUCUCCCAAAGAUUCAGAAAGCUGGACUGAAGAAGAUGAGCAAUUUCAGAAGCGCAAAACCGGCAGAACCCAGCGGACCCACAAGAAGCAGCACACAAUGAACUUCUUUCAAUGGCUAUGGGAAAAAUUAAGCUACCUCAUUCAGGGCUUCAGGAGAAUGAUCUGGAAACUGACUGAGUCCCUGGCCUUUGAAGCCUUCAUCUUCCUCAUCGUCUGCCUCAACACUGUCAUGCUUGUGGCCCAGACCUUUGCUGAGGUCGAGGUCCGGGGAGAAUGGUACUUCCUGGCCUUGGACUCCAUUUUCCUCUGCAUCUACGUAUUGGAAGCUCUGCUCAAGAUCAUUUCCCUGGGCUUCGGUUAUUUUUGUGACUCCUGGAACAAUCUAGACUUCUUCAUCAUGGUCGUGGCUGUGCUGGACUUUGUUCUCAUGCAGCUCCACUCCGUCUCCAUCUACCACAAAAGCCUCUUCCGCAUCCUCAAGGUCUUCAAGAGCAUGCGGGCCCUGAGGGCCAUCCGAGUUCUGCAGAGGCUCAGCUUCCUGACCAGCCUCCAUGAAGUGACAGGGACCCUGGGCCGGUCCUUGCCGUCCAUCGCGUCCAUCCUCAUCCUCAUGUUUACCUGUCUCUUCCUCUUCUCCGUGGUUCUCCGGGCACUGUUCCGAAGAUCGGACCCCAAGCACUUCCAGAACAUCUUCACCACCAUCUUCACCCUCUUCACUAUGCUCACCCUGGAUGACUGGUCCCUCAUCUACACGGACAGCCGGGCCCAGGGAGCCUGGUACAUCAUUCCCAUUCUCAUGAUUUACAUCGUCAUCCAGUACUUCAUCUUCCUCAACCUGGUGAUCGCUGUCCUGGUGGAUAACUUCCAGAUGGCACUGCUCAAAGGCCUAGAGAAAGUGAAGCAGGAGAGGGCCGCCCGCGUCCAUGAGAAGCUUCUGGAUGACUCGCUGACGGAGCUCAGCCAGGAAGAGCCUGAAGAGAUCCUGAGUGAAACCACUAUGCAAAAGCAGCUCAUUGAGAAAAAGUUUGGGGCCAUGACUGAGAAGCAGCAGGAGCAGCUGUUCCACUUCCUGCAGCUGGUGGCCGCGGUGGAGCAUCAGCAACAGAAGUUCCGCUCCCAGGCAUCGGUCAUCGAUGAGAUUGUGGACACCGCAUUCGAGGCUGGGGAAGAGGACUUCAGGAAGUGA